ACAACACAGAGCUAAACAUAAGCCUAUUUUUGUUUAGGUUUAUUUCUACUGACAUUCAAAGCUAGUAGAAGUAGGAGUAGUAGUUAAAAGACACAAUCUUUCCUCAGAUUAAUAUAGUAUCCAAUUCCAAUUAAUGGCGUUGAGCUACUACAACUCCAACUGGGACUCCUUUGCGCCGGCGGAAUUAGGUGUUGAUCUCUUCAACCCCGACGAUUACUUGGUGGACCCCAUCGACGCCUUCUGCAACUCUCUCCUCUCCGACGACUUACCUUUUGCCGAUGAUGGAAUUCCCUUCGACUUCGAUCAUCUCAACUCCAACUAUUUCCAAUAUAACAAUGAUCCCUUUCCCCAUUUCCCCAAACGCCAAAAGCUCUGCGAUUCCCACCCAUUCUACCAAGAUUACUCCAUCCCGGAAUUUGUUCUUCCUCCGCCGCCGCCGCCGUUGCCAGCAUUUCCAGCGGUGGGUUUCAACAUGAGGAGCUGCGAGAGCGUGAGGGUCAACAAAGAGGAGAGCUUGUCUGCGCAGACCGUCGCGGCGAGGCAGAGGCGGCGGAGGAUCACGGCGAAGACGCAGGAGCUAGGGAAGCUGGUUCCCGGCGGCCAGAAGAUGAACACGGCGGAGAUGCUGCAAUCCGCCUACAAAUACAUCAAAUUCUUGCAGGCCCAAGUUGGACUACUCGAAUUCCUCAAGAAGGUCAACGAAGAGGAAGCAUCAUGUGAAGGUGAAGGUGAAGGUGAAGGUGAAGGUGAAGGUGAAGAAGUGUUCCAGAAUCUUCUAGAAUCUCCAUUGAUUCAAGAGAAGCUCUACUCUAUUGAGCAUUGCCUGAUUCCACAUAAGCUGGUGGAAAACUAUCCAAAUCAUUGAUUUUACCAAGCAAGCAAGCAAGCGGUUAUGAUUAACCGUUUCAUUUUUAAUUGUUUUAGUUUAGGCUAUUCUUGAUUAAAUGUUUUUAUUGUUUUAAGGCAACCUCUUCUUGCCUGCCUUAUGUUGUUUAGUUCUUUACAAAUUGGAGUAGGAUGUUAGGCUAAUUAGGCUCUUUACUUCAGGAAAAAAUGCUGUAUUUUUUUUCUUACUGUAAG